AUGUACUCCGCGACAUCAACUAAUGGUAUCAACAGCUUGAGGAUCUUGCCGGCGAAGCGCACCGCAGGUAGUGAGAAAGAUAUAUUGAAGCUGGCGGAGGCUAUAUGGGAUACACGCUGGAAGGUGCUGCUCGAAAAUCAGGUCCAGAAAACACGCACUAUUGAGAUACAGCAGCAAAGGGAGAAAAUCGACAGGCUUUGUCCUGGAGGCAUCACCACCCAAACAGAGGAAGACAUGCCCCUAUGGGAGCCCGAGUGGCUGAGGGUGGUUCUGGCCGAACAGCAGGAUUGUCUACAACGGUGUCAGAACGAAAUCUCAAAGACAAGAGCUACUGACUCUAUCAUGGAGCGAGCGCUUCGCCUGCAGCUUAAACAUGCUCAGCGAGAGGUCGAAAUGUACCGGCAAGCCUACGAGGCGUCAAAGCUUGACGCGCAAAGGCUAUGCCAUGGCAAGAGGUUUACCUCCGCCACGGGAUGGGCGCCUUUAGACUGGCGGGAUAGGCCAUCAAUAGAGCGCAAAGCGCUGGAGAGGAUGCAAGAGAGAAUGCUGGACGACCUCACCCAGUACCGGAGCUUUCUGCAGCAGGGGCCCGAGACGGCACUGAAGGUGAGGCAGGAUGUUGAAGGCGUGGUUACGAAUCGACAGCAUUGGACACAGAACUUCUACUUGCAGAGAAGAUAUUAUGAGGAACAGAUGAGAGAUGACGUGGCAGGUACGCAAUAG